GUGUGAGGGAAAUGUUUAAAGCAAAACAUUGAUUAUUUUUCAUUCGGAAACAGUCAUUUGUUAUGUGCUCUGCACUACACAGUGUGUGUGUGUGAGUGUGUGAAAAAAGUAAGAGGAGGAGCUUUUCCACAGCCGGUGGUGAUGUGUUGUGCGACAGCUGAUACUGAUGUGUGUGUCUGCUCUGUCAGUGUCUCACUCACACACCGUCUGUAGUUUUAUGGUUCUGUAACACAAAAUGGACUUCACUGUGAAAAGACUGGCAGCGGACGCGGGGACCUUCCUGAGUCGGGCGGUACAGUUCACAGAGGAAAAGCUGGGCCAGGCUGAGAAAACUGAGCUGGAUGCACAUUUGGAAAAUCUUCUCACCAGAGCUGAAUGCACCAAACACUGGACAGAGAAGAUUUUGAAGCAAACAGAAGUGCUACUGCAGCCAAAUCCAAAUGUGCGGAUAGAAGAGUUUUUCUAUGGGAAAUUGGACAAAAAAGCCCCCACACGGCAGAAUAACCAUGAGAUGCUGGGUCAAUUCAUGAUUGAUUCUGGGAAUGAGUUUGGACCUGGCACAGCCUACGGAAAUGCUCUGACGAAGUGUGGAGAGACGGAGAAGCAGAUUGGAGGAGCUGAAAGAGAGUUUAUCCAGAGCGCUGCUAUUAAUUUCCUCACACCUUUCAGGAAUUUUCUGGAGGGUGAUUUCAAAACUAUACUGAAAGAACGCAAGUUGCUGCAAAUCAAGCGACUGGAUCUUGAUGCGGCGAAGACGAAGUUGAAGAAAGCCAAAAUGGCUGAGGCAAGAGCUGCUGCUGAGCAGGAGCUGAAGGUCACGCAGAGUGAGUUUGACAGGCAGGCUGAGAUAACCCGACUGCUCCUGGAUGGAGUCAGCAGUACACACGCUCACCAUCUUCGCUGUCUGAACGACUUUGUCGAGGCUCAGACCACAUAUUACGCGCAGUGUUAUCAGUACAUGGUGGAUCUGCAGAAACAGCUGGGAAGCUUCCCUUCCUCAUUCUCUUCCAAUAAUAACCAGUGUUCAGCGGGGGCGGGAGCCAGCGUCUCUGUACCAACUCUGCCACUUUCCAGUGUUCCCUCUGCCAGUGCCAGUCAGAGUCGCUCAGGUUUCAGCGAGCUGCUGAGCUCAAGCGUAAGCCGCAAGGCACGGGUACUGUAUGAUUAUGACGCCGCCGGCAGCAACGAGCUCUCCUUAUUGGCCGACGAAGUGAUUACUGUGAGCAGCGUCCCAGGCAUGGAUUCUGAUUGGCUCAUGGGAGAGCGUGGUAACCAGAGGGGCAGAGUGCCAAUUACAUAUCUCGAGCUCCUAAACUGAGUAGCAAGCAUAAAAUAAAUAAAUAAAAAACUACACGCAAUUCGGAUGGGAUUACACCAUAUUCAAUGUGUUUAUGCAACUGUGCUGCUUCUGUGAGCUGCUUUCGUGCCAUCAGUAUGUCCUGGAUAUUUAGCUUCAGCAAGGGAAGAGAGUCUCACCCAAGUCAUUUCUGUUUACAAGCUGAUUAACGCAUAAGUGCUUUGGAUUUAACGUCAUUACUGCCAAUACUCGGUAUUAUAACUUAAGACUGAUAAGAAGAGCUUGCUUUUGUAUUGAAAUGUUAUUUAACAUAACAACCAUGAAUCACAGGAACUUAUAUCGUACUAAAGUCUGUUAUGCAGAUUCACCACAGAUAGCUGUGCCAUUUCUUAGAUUUCAUCAUUUUUUUAAAUUUUUAUUUUGCUUUUUAAAAGAAUUCCUUUAACUGACUCGCAGGGAUACAAACAGAAAUGAUUUAUUAUACUGUGGGCUAGCUGGCUGAUAAUAGCCGUAGUAGCCAUGUGACUCAGCCAUGUGACUCAGACAUUUUAUUUGUGAAUUUUUGAAAAUGCCAUUCGGUUUAAAACCAAUGCGUUUUGUGUUUUUUUUUUUUUU